AAUAAGUGUAAUAAAAUUUUAUUAAACACAGUUUCAUUUGAAAAUUUAAAGUACAAAGUUAAGACAAAAUUCUACAGCAAAAUGUUGAAAUACGUUUUAUUGUUAACGCUAGUGGCCUGGGUCUCGGCAGUUGAUGAUGAUGCCCAUGCUCAUGUCAACAAAGAAUUCAAAAAGGAUGAUGGCCAUGGACAUUUCUCCUAUGGCUACGAUAUCACCAACGGCAUUGGUGCCGAUGAGGCUGGCGAUCAGAAGGAGGUACAUGGUGAAUUCCAUUACACAACUAAAGAGGGUGUCCCCGUAAAGGUCAGCUAUACGGCAGAUGCCAAUGGCUAUCAUCCCCAUGGAGAUGUGAUACCCACAGCACCACCCACACCACCGGCCAUUUUAAAGGCCUUGGAGUAUAUUAAAAAUCAUCCAAAAGCUGAGAAAAAUGAAGGCGACAAAAAACAUCAUCAUUAACUAAUUAAUGAAACAUUUUAAAAUUUUAUUUAUUUAGUUUUUUAUUUUAUUUUAUUAUUUUACUCUCAACUUCAAAUACACUUAAAGAAAAAGUCAGCUUAUGAUUUGAUUUCCAUAUCCAGUGACUUGGCCACUAAUAA